ACGAGCCGCGUCGCACCAGUCUAGGCUGCGGCCCGACCGCGGCGCCCAAAGCAAUGGCGGGCGCGACGGGAGCCGCUCCGAGCGGGGCGGACGAGAGCCUUCAGCGGAAGAUGUCUCUGCAGAGAUGUGAACUCUGUAAUACUGAAGCAGCAAAAUACAGAUGCCCUCGAUGUAUGAAAUAUUCAUGCAGCUUGGCUUGUGUAAAAAAACAUAAAGCUUUAUACAGCUGUAAUGGAAUCAGAGAAAAGGCGGCCUUUGUUUCAGUGAAUGAGUUCAGCAACUUAACUCUUCUAAGUGACUAUCGGUUUCUAGAAGACGGGGGAAGAAUGACUGACUGUGCUGCUCGAGAUACUAUUUCUCAUAAACCAAAAAGUAAUAGAUUUGUAAACUUUCUGAGAAACCGAGCUCGGAGGUGCAAGAUCUGCUUACAAACUUUACCAAUUGGCUUCACAAAGAGACGAGAGAAUUCUACAUUCUACAGCAAUAAGGAACAAAAGUUCUACUGGCACUUGAAGCUCAUAUUUCCUCAGAGUCAUGCUAAAUUCACAGAACAAAGGGUACCGGAUGAUAAACCAUUGUAUGAUAUUUUGAAGACAUAUAUUGAUCCUCAAGAAUGUGAUCCUGUGAAGCAGCAAAGAUUAAAAAUCUACACAAUAUCUCCCCAGUCAGACAUACAAAUUUUGAUGAAACUAGAAAAUAGGCCACAUAAUUCUGUCAGAUAUCAAGAAUUGGAUGCCAAUAAAAGCCUUCUAGACAAUUUGAAAGGGAAGGUUGUCAUUGAAUAUCCAACUCUGCAUGUGGUAUUGCGGAAAUUCACAACAGAUAUGGUGAUUCUCGGCCAGAAUGUAAACAAAGAAAUCAAUAAAUCUAACGAAGACAUGAUCAAGGAAAAUUCUUCUUCUGAAGAAGGAGAAAUCCAUGAUAGCUCCUGAAGAUAUCAGUGGACUACAGAUUGGAGUACUUUAUAUUACACAUCAUUUUGAGGACAUAUUCCGCAAAUAUAUUCGUUUUGAAUGUUAUUUUUAUAUUAAAAAUUCAAAAUCACUAAAAAACAGUACAGACUGAACAUUCAAUAAAGAUUAAAG